AUGUCUGAAGGGUCGUCUAUCUUGUCCUCUGGACCUAAAAGACAAUACGGGACUCUAGAAUCUACAAAUGCCUCACAAAAUCCUCAUAUAAUCUAUAACGUCAAACCUGGAGAUACUCUUGUGUCAAUCGCAGUACAAUUUGGAACAACAGUACAAAGAUUGCGAUGGAUUAAUCGUCUGUGGGGAUCAGACAUCUCUAACAUAGCUACAUUAAAAGUCCCUGUCAAGUCUGAGCCUAGGCGGUUUGUACACCACAAUUCAAUUGAAUUGUCUACAGUCAAAAAGAAAUCUGAGCCUGGUAAUGAAGACGCUCCACAAAUAGCUUCUGCUAGCAUUUAUUUUAAAGAAUUGUCAGAAAGGGUUGAAAAGGCCAAGGAAGCUGCCUCCCGCUGCUUAGAAAAGAGCAGACUACCUGAAAUCAUAGCUGACUGUGAUCCCAGUAAACGCGAUUGUUUUCCCGUUCCAAGUUUGUCGGUAUCUGAUGAAACAGUGGUCAUGGUAACAGCACCUUCAACUUCCAAACUUAACUCAAUUACUGAUUCUCGAAAAAGAUUUUGUUCAAUCCCUACAAACAGCAUUCACGAUCCAUGCUGA